AAACAAUACAGACGUUUUCGCGAGAAGGCAGAUUUUCCGGACGCGUCAAUCGACUAAUGGAUUUCUUAAACGAAGCAGGGAGGAGGGACCUACCUUUUGCAACUGUUUUGGACUAAUUACACCCUGAACACAGACUAAAUGAGACAGCCGAACUUCCCCCCAGGCGAGGAAACGGAAUCCAUGGACCAGGAAGGAAGGAAUGACACUAAAACAUUGUUUAGCUUGCUUCACCGACAUAACAAACACAAAUGUCACAUUUGUGGUGAAUUGUGCUAGUUAGAUUAACAUGUAGUCGACGGAAGUUAUUUCAACCUAGCAUGCGUCAACUUACUAGCGAACUAAUACAUCAUUGACACAUCACAAGCUAGCUAGGCUAACGCGUUAGUCAGCUUUGAAAGGCUGGAAAGUCAACAUCAUACGAGGGAUUUUGCGGUAUUUACUAAUUUGGCUCGCUCAGAGAUCAUGUUAAGUAUUUGUGUUAAUAACCAGAUAAAGUAACUAGCUAGUUAACGGUAGUAGCUAGUUACAGUAGCUAACUAACUUUUUUUAAAGUCGAUUAGUCCUGACAGGCUGUUUGCUAGCGGCUAACACUAGCUAACUAACGCUAGCCUAGCUACGUGUUCCAUGCCAUGGCAAUGGUUUUGUUUGUUUGGAAACUUUCGUCUGGUUUCAUACUGUUGGUUGUGACCGUGCCAACGAAAUAACGUUAGCUUUGGUUAUUUUUGAGCUAUCAUGGCUAAAAUAGAGAAUGGUCGCAAGUCGGCCGACUCUAGAAGUAUCAGGACAAUUAGCAGCAGUCAUAUGGACGACGAGAGCUCCCUUGGCUCAGACUCCGAGAUCAACGGCUUCACCAACGACAGGCAUACGGAUAAAUAUGGAUUUAUUGGAGGGGCGCAACAGUAUUCAGAAGAAUCGGCUCAGGACGUCCCUCCAGAGGUUUUGAGACAGCGAGAGGUCAAGUGGCUGGACAUGCUCAGCAACUGGGACAAAUGGAUGGUCAAGAGACACAAAAAGGUGAGACUGCGGUGUCAGAAAGGGAUUCCUCCCUCACUGCGAGGCCGUGCUUGGCUUUACCUGUCAGGGGGAAAAGUGAAGAGGGAACAGAACCGAGGGAAGUUUGAGGAGCUGGACAGUCAGGCUGGAGACCCGAAGGAGCUGGAUGUGAUUGAGAAAGACCUGCACAGACAGUUCCCCUUCCAUGAGAUGUUUGUGUCACGGGGGGGCCACGGGCAACAGGACCUGUUCCGUGUUCUGAAGGCCUACACACUGUACAGGCCAGAGGAGGGCUACUGUCAAGCCCAGGCCCCAAUUGCUGCUGUGCUGCUCAUGCACAUGCCUGCUGAGGAUGCGUUCUGGGGGCUGGUCCAAAUUUGUGAGAAGUACCUUCCUGGAUACUACAGUGCUGGGCUGGAGGCCAUUCAGUUAGAUGGAGAAAUCCUGUAUGCCUUGACUCGGCGCGUCUCCCCUUUAGUCUACCGCCACCUGGAGAAACACAAGAUGGAGCCCAUCCUCUACAUGACAGAGUGGUUCAUGUGUGCCUUCUCCCGCACCCUGCCCUGGGCCUCUGUGCUCCGCGUCUGGGACAUGUUCCUCUGUGACGGUGUGAAGAUCAUCUUCCGGGUGGGCCUGGUGCUGCUGAAAUGCAUGCUGGGUACCCGUGAGAAGCUGAAGGCGUGUCAGGGCCAGUAUGAGACCAUGGAGCUGCUGAGGGCCAUAGAGCCACGCUACAUGCAGGAGGGCUUCCUAGUCAGGGAGGUUCUGGAGGUGCCUGUGUCAGAGCGGGACGUUGAAAGGGAGCACCAUGUUCAGCUGAAGCGCUGGAGGAAGAACCGUGGUGAGCUUCACUGCAAGUCCCCUCCCAGAAUGCACGGUGCUAGGGCUAUUAUGGCUUCGGAGCCUCCCAGUCGCCAGGACCUGCGUCAGAACCCCACCAUCAUCGUAGAGUCGCCCCUGCCUCCCCCUCAGCCUACACCUCAGCUGAAGAAGGGAGAGAAGAGCAAGGAGGAGAAGAGCAAGAAGAAAGGAAGUAUGAAGAAAGCCCCUACUGUCAUGGAGAUCCCCAACCCUUAUCCUUUAGCCGGUGACCCCCAGAGAGAUCCCCAGCUUCCACUGAGAGAUCCCCAGCUUCCACUGAGAGAUCCCCAGCUUCCACUGAGAGAUCCCCAGCUUCCACUGAGAGAUCCUGUGCCUACUCUCAGAAACUCAACAGUACAGCAGCCCCUCGUCAAUGACACACCCCUCCCAAACACACCUGAAGACUCUCCACCGCCACACCAACCAACGCUUAACGACCAGUCUCUUCUAACAGUGUCGCCACUCCAGAAGUCCACACAGAGCCUGAGUAGCAUAGAGGCAGAUCAGGACACAUACCUGUAGCUCUUGCUUUGGGCAGAGGGUGGAACAGCAUGUCUGAAACUGGGCAUGAUGGGUACAAGGUGGAGGAGUGAAUAGUAAAAGAGGAACUGGAACAAUCCCUGUGUUAUCCUGGACAUGACUCACUUCCACAAUGAGUCUAAAUCUGAUGUCACCCAGACACAAAAAGCCUUGCUCUGCCCCAGGCCAGGCAUAUGUGCCCCCUGACCUCUUGUGGGAGAUUCCAGGAUGGCUCUACGGAGGAUGUUCCAGUUGUCAUUGGGACGAUCUCAAUGGCAUACUACUUGCAUCCUCUCGUCUCCUUCUCAAAAGCCAUUGGAUGAGAAAGCCAGAGGUCUCUCCCCUCUGACUUUCUCCUCCAGUGGGUUUUGAGAAGGAGAUGAGGAGGGAGGACACAAGGAUUAUGACAUUGAGAUCUUCCCAUUCACUCGCUCACUUUAGGCCCUCUGCAUGCCAACCAAGCCCUCUGUCUGUUUACCAGGCAGUAGCACAGCUCCGCCAUCAACCUGCAACUGGGUGUAUCAUGGCCAAUGGCACUGCUGCCCAACCAUGUGCCACAAUUUGUAUAUUUUUCUAUAGAUUUUUUUUCUUCCCUGCUUGCUUUUAAGACACCGUGUUGCCUAGACCACACAGUCAGCAGCAUUCACUAAUGCGUCACUUCUAAGUGUUCUACUACUUUAAUCCAUAUGUUACCUCUUCAUUAUUCUUUACUCUGACUAUUAGUGAUGUGAAAGGGAGACAUGUUACUCAUUUACUGGUAGUGUAGUUAUUGUAUACAUGAUGCAUUCCUUUUUAAACAUGUCAAAGACCACCCAAUAGUGUACCAGGUUCUAGGCUCAACCUGCCUUUGUUUGGGCAAAAUGCAUGUUUUUUUUUAUUUUUUAUAUUCAUUCAAAUCUCCAAAUUACCUGUGGUGUGUAAGAAAUAGGAAUGCUUAAGAAAGAGAGAAAUAUUGUUUAUAGUCCCAGUUAGCCUUGGUGAUAAGCAAAGAGCGCUUCCAUUCUUCACCACCAGAGAGCAGCCUUGGUAUGUGCUUCCAUCUGUUACAUUCCCCUUCCUAAAAAGGAACGCACAACAAUCUUGUCUCAAAUUUACAAUACGAGGACAUACACUCCCUAUCAAUUCUGUACUUUCCAUACUUUCAAAGGAACUUCGUUAGCAUGUUUUACUUUCCAGUGAAACAUGACGUGUGCCUCGUACGUGUGCAUAAAUCCUCCGGACCAGCAUGACUUGUGACUGUUUAUUCUCCUAGUCAGGUGGUAAUGGGCCUGAUGUCCUGAGACCAGACAAAUCCUCACUGUGCCAGGCUGUUCCAGGCCCUAUGUAGCGUUUAACUUGUGUAAGAUAAGUGAAAGGGAGAGAGGACUGGACAUUCCUCACAAUAUGACACAUUCCUACCCUUGGGUUCCUUAAAAGCCAUUUAGUCUUGUGGCUAACAUGCAUAGUCUUCUCUGUAUUGUGUAUGUAUUAAUGCAUGUUUCUAUUUUUAACACUUCUUUGGGGGGGUGCUGUGUGUGCUAUGCCAGUUAGCUGUGAAGUGUUGACCUCUGCUCCUUGCCACAGGUGUGCUAGGUGUUCUGGACCUGGCAGGCUAGUUACUGUAUCUCUGUGGUAUUGGAAAGACGUGAAUGACCUCAUUGCUACACUGAGUGACCGAUCCAGAAGGCGCAAAGAUGUGAUUAGAAUCAUCAAUGAUCCACUUCCUUUUACUAGAUACUUAGUUGUCUCAGUGCAAUCGUUGCAGACGGGCAAAGAGGGUUUCUGUACAUGGUGAUUGAGACCUUACUUUUGGGACAUUUUUGGAACCUUCAUGUUUUGGGAUAACAUGGGAGCCUUUCCAUUUUUAAAUCAGUGUAAUUCAUUUGGGAACGUCGUGAGGCCUGUUAUGAUCCUGCCUUUUCUUUGGGGAAGAAACAAACUAAUUGGACAGUGACCAUAAUCUUUUUGAGGAAUUCAGUUUUGAGGGAGCUUAAGGUUUGCAAUCGAAGGUGUCAAGUUUAAAUAUUCUGUUUACAGCACGAUGGGAAAUGAUUCAUUAGGGAUUAAGAUGUGCAUGACUCAAUGCACAUCAAGUAUUAUUCCACUGAAUCCUGCAAGUUUCUUAUACAAGUCACCUGUAAGACCUCACUAAAAAGCAAUACAAGUUGAAUGGAGAGCAAAUAACAAAGCCUUUCUCCAACUAAGUGCAUAGUGGCCUGUAUUACAUACUUCCCAUUCUGCAGGUAUUCUAGUUGAACUUGAUGCUUCAAAUGUGUAGAUAAGACUAAUUUGUAAAAUGACGUUAUUUUGUAAUGAACAUUUAUUUUUUCAAUUGUUUCCAUGUUACAUAUUUUAUUUAACAACCAAUAAUCAAAAUCCACCAUUUGCCAUAUCAUGGUAGACUUAUCUAUUUUAGCUAGACAAUUUUGACACUAGUUUCACAGUUUGAAAGGCAAACACAAAAGUCAAUGCUUUCUUCCCUAGAAAUAUCUUCUCAGCAGAAUGCUGGUUUUAAUUGUUCUCCUGAAGAGACCUCUGGUAUUAAUGUCAACCAUCAGUAAAUAUAUCAUAUGUUCUGUAUUUCUCCUAGAAGGGGUUACAUAUUGUUGUUUUUACAAAUAAAAUCACCUUGAUCUUCACCAA